CGGGUCAUUUGCUCGCUCAUCUUAGUCCAACACGACGUUUGGGUAAAUUCUAAGAAAAUUUUGAUACCCCUUUUCAUGGACUCAAACCCAACCGAUUUCCAUGAAAUUUUCACCAUUGGAAAAUUUCGAAUUUUCUUAAUUUUUUGGCGUAAAAAUGAUAAAAAUCGGUGAAUGCUAAGUGCCCCAAAAGCGUCGGGUAAAAAUCGUACUUUUCGGUGUGUGUGUGGUGUGAAAAGAGAAAAAACCAACGUAAACGCUGGAAUUAAAUUCCUUUUCUCGCCAUUUUGACUCGUGAAAAAGUGAUUUUUUUCCAACAUAAAACGAAACGAAAAUAGAAAUAACCCCAAACGAAAGAAAGAAGAACUAUUGAACAACUUCAAGCAAGCAACCAGCCAGCCAGCCAACCCAGCCGCCACAGCUACAAUUCAGAGUUACGAAGCUGUGUCUGUCGUACAUAUUUCCAUAAAUUGUUUAGUAAUAAUUGUUGUAUAGCAGAAGGCCAGCAAAGAAAGUAAAAAUAACAACAAAACGCAAUACAUUACGCGCUGGGAAAAAGCACACAAAAAAUGGCGCACUCAUCCACAGCAGCAGCGACUUCAGGCCCUGCUUCUACGACAGGUGAAACAAUCAACUAUUUCUUUACAGAUGAACAUGGGAAAAUCCACAAAGUCGUCAAACAAGUCGAAAUAAAACAAGAACCUAAUGAAGCUUCAUCUGCAGCAGCAGCAGCGAACACAGUAUUUGCCUCCACAGUUGGCGGCAACAUGGGCACAUUUACACAAAUGAACAACAGUCAACCUCAAUUUGUCAGAAUACAGAGCAGUUAUAACAUCCAAACGGCAGAAAAUACCACAUACACAGUCAUAACACCACACAGUAGUAGUGGCAGUACUCAAAACACCAGUGGAACACCAGCGAAUGCCAGUAAUAUGCAAAGACAACAGCAACAACACAACAAUACAAAUAUCACAACAAUAAAAUAUGAACCUGUGGAGGAAUUUACGACGCAUACGACGGUGGUUAAAGAAGAGGAGCGCUACAAAUACAAACCACAAAUUCUAGCCAAUAAUGCGAAAGCAGCGGCUAAUAAAUUAAAAAUCAACACAACAACAACCAGCCAUCAAAAUGCAUCUGUAGUACAAAGAAAACGUAAACCCGAAAAAGCCGGCAAGGGCUUGCGUCACUUCUCGCUGAAAGUCUGCGAGAAAGUCAAAGUGAAGGGCACCACCACCUACAAUGAGGUAGCCGAUGAACUGGUGGCGGAAGAAAUUCAAAAUAAUUCCUUCGACAAGAACUGUGAUCAAAAGAAUAUUCGACGCCGUGUCUAUGAUGCUUUAAACGUUUUAAUGGCAUUACAAAUAAUAUCCAAAGAUAAAAAGGAAAUACGUUGGAUUGGUUUGCCCUCCAGUGCGGUAGAGGAAUGCUCACAAUUGGAAAAGGAGAAUGAAGAACGCCGGGAACGUAUCAAACAAAAGCACCAACAGUUGAGAGAACUGCUGCUGCAACAAGUCUCGUUUAAGAGUCUCAUUGAACGCAACAAAGAAGCCGAAAGACAGGGCAUCAUACCCACAGCAAAUUCAUCCAUACAAUUACCAUUUAUUAUUGUAAAUACGCAUAAAUCAACCAAAAUUAAUUGUAGUGUAACCAAUGAUAAGUCGGAGUAUAUUUUCAAAUUUGAUGAUAAAUUUGAAAUGCAUGAUGAUGCAGAGGUCUUAAAACGUAUGGGUUUACUGUUUGGUUUGGACAAGGGCCACUGUUCAUAUGAGGACAUUGAACGAGCCAAGUCAUUGGUGCCACCAAACUUCGAAAAAUAUAUUGAAGCUUAUGGUAAUGGUAAAGCCAAUGAUGACAUCGCCUACGAUUCUGAUGAAGACAUGACCACCCAUGACUAUAUCGAGUUGAUGCAAGACAACUCAGAGCAGGGUUUUACAACAACGGUAACGGGUACACCGCUACAUCAUGCGUCGGGGUCGAUAGCAGGCGGCGGCGGCGGUGGUGGUCUCAGAACAUCCGAUCUCGAAGAUGAUGAAGAAUAUGUUGAACACAGUGAUAUUGAUUGAGGUGUAAAUAGAGUUACGUUUCGUAACAAUAUUGCGCCCAUGAAAAUGUCUUCAAAAGAGCAACCACAACAACAGCAACAGGAAAAUAUACAAUUAAAACAACAACAAAUUAACAUGGCAGCUCUAAAGAAAUCAAAGUUCUCUAGAUCGCUGUCAGUUAGAAAUGAAACAAGAAUUUUAACAACAUCAAAUCCUGUGACAAUUUCAUCAGCCUCCUCCUCAUCAUCAACAACAUCAUCAGCAGCAAUUGUAUGUCCAUCGGCAUCCUUAUCUCUCAUCGUUCCCACCCAAAAUAUCACAGCUAAAGAAAUAUCAAUGGAAACUAAAGAUUUUAAUGAUAACUACAAACAGCAGCCGAACGCACAGCAAUUACAAAGGCCGUCGACGCCAUCAUCGUCUGUGAGUUAUAUUUCCCACCAACAACAACAACAUCUGCAAACAACUGUAAACGAUCAUAAUGGCACAAUUGGCCAGGGACGUUAUAUUGCUGGUGGUACUGCUGCUGCUGCGUUCACACCUUUGGAUAGUACCAAUAAUUUAUCAGAUGAUUCAUUUAGUUUAUGUUUUAUUUCGGCUUUAUUAGGUUUGCACUGAACACAAAACAACAAAAAAGGGAGAAGGAGUUUUUUAAUUACUUCAUAUCUUUUAAUGUAUCAAUUUCACCAUCUAAAGAAUUUAUAUAAAAAUAUGUAUCUGAAGAUAUCACGUUGACGUGUAUCAUAACAUUGGGGUUCAGGUUCCCAAAGUAAAGACCUAAAAUGGUUUGCCUAAAGCUCCCAAGUUUCUUUUCAAAAGGGAUUGAGGCAAUCAUUGUCAUUGUCAGUUUCUCAUACAAUAUUGCCUUUGAUGUCAACAUCUUCUCAACAACAGCUCCGUAGCUGAAAACGUUGUGGGGUAAUGGUUUGGAUCUUAUUUAGAAACUUUUGUAGGGAAACAGUAGGGAAUCAAACAGUUGUCCUCAAUCUAAAACAGUAAGGGUUUUCCAUAAAUUUGAUCAUCUUUAAAACUUCAGUAGAAAAAAAAAAAAUAUUGAAAGCAAAUUUUCCUACUCCUCUUUCCUUUUUGUUGUUUUGUAGGGAUAUUUUUUUUACUUUUAUUCUAACUUAAAGUCUAUUUAACAACACACCAAAAUCAGUUUCUUUAUUUUCCAUAAUUAUUAUUAUUAUUCGAAUAUGUUAAUUUUGUUGCAAUGGCUUAACAAAACAGAACCUGUUUUGUUUUUAAAUUAUUUAUCUAUCAAUUUUCUCAGUUCAAACAAACAAAUGUUUUUACAAAGAAAACAAACCAAGACUUAAAAAUAAUAAGAGCAAAGAAAGAGAGAUGGAAAAAUAAUAUAUUUUUCUUAAGGCAAUUAUUUUUUUUAAUAAUUUUUAGAUAUUGUUUUAGGUUUUAUUCACUAUAUAUAUAAAUACAGUUAUAUAUAAACAUAUUUAAUUCUUAUUCAAACAAAAAACUCUUGGAACAUAUAAAAUAUGUUUGUAUGCUUUUUUUGUUCUAUUCAAUUAACCAAUAUAUUUUUCAAAAUAAUUCUGAAAAAAACCUCCAGUUAUAAAGAAGAAUUACAAAUUGUAAUUACUAUUUAAUUAACAAUUUUUUUUGUGUUAAAUAAUAAAGUGUGUUUCUAACUUUCUUUUUGUUUUAUAGAAAAUAAAGCAAAUAAUGUUAAUAAUAAUAAAAUUUAUUAUUAUUACGAUAAACAAACAAACAAAGCCUACCUUUUUGAAAAACAAAUACUAACAAAACUUUACAAACUCGACACAUAUAUCCUUUCUCUUUUAAAAAUAACAAAUAAACUCAAAAAACAAAAAAAAUCCAUUCAAAAAAACAUGCAACUAAAUUUAUACAUAUAUUAUAAAAAAUGGGAUAAAAACAAUAUUUUUUAAGUCCUUAAAUGAUUAUCAUACAUGUAACUGAUUGCUAAUAAUAUUAAUUCUUUUUUCUAGUUGUAAGUCUUAAUAAAAUCAACAACAACAAAGAAACAAAUAUUAAAUUUAGUUUAGUAAAGAAUAAAAUCACACACACACACAAAAGAAAAUGUAAACCCCCCAACAAUUACAAAAUGUAGCUGUAAACAACACAAAAGAAAAUAACAAAGAAUGAAGCGAUAAAACUUAGAUGGAAAUCAAAUAAUAAAGAAAUUAAGCAUACAAGGUA